UCGGCCUCGGCACUGUUCAUCCAAGCAACCUUGACAUCUCCAGCGGGAUCCCCUCGUUCCCUGGUGUCACCAUCAAUCCGUCGCUACACUGGCUUUUACCACUUAGUGCUUUCGCCAUCAUCAGUUGAUCCGUUGCACAACCAGGAAAGGGGGGCUCCGUCCAUUCUCUGGCUUCAGCUCGAGGUCACGCGACCAAGAACGUUCUCCGCGCUGUUGCCACAGGUCCUUUGCACAUCACAACCCCUGCUUUUAUUCUUGUGUUUUUCAGUCCCCAGUGCUGAGUAAAUUUGUCGAGGGGGGCUCUAUCUAAGCCAGGGAACGAAUUGGAUUUCUACCAUGAUCAUGGCGUCCAAGGCCAUUACUAACGGGAUCGGCGUGCAGGUUGAGGACACGAAGAUAUGUGUUGUAAUGGUCGGAUUGCCCGCGCGCGGAAAAAGUUUCAUUGCACAGAAAGCCCAACGGUACCUCCAAUGGCUUUCAAUACCGGCGCAGGUCUUCAACGUGGGUAACUACCGCCGUAACGAUGCGCCUCAGCCAACUGCCGACUUCUUUGACAUGAACAACACGGAAGGCGAGCGGAAACGCCGCGCAGCGGCUGAAGCCGCCGUCGCAGACAUGCUGGCCUGGCUACGUUCUGGCGGCGUGGUCGGCAUACUUGACGCGACCAACUCAACAAAGGAGCGCCGCAAGUGGGUUCUCGACACAUGUAACGCCCAUGGCGUUGAAGUACUAUUUGUCGAGAGCAAGUGUGACGAUGAAGAUCUCAUCAUGGCCAACGUGCGCGAUGUCAAAACCACCAGCCCAGACUACAAGGGACAAGACCCAGAAAAGGCAGCACAAGAUUUCCGCAACCGCAUCAAAAUGUACGAAAAGAUAUACGAAACAAUUGGCGGGGAUGACUCGGAAGAAGACCAGUACACGUACCUCAAGCUCAUGGACGUAAGCAAGCAGGUCAUCAUCAACCGCAUCCAGGACUAUCUGCAGAGUCGGGUGGUCUACUACCUGAUGAAUCUGCACAUUCGCCCACGGUCGAUCUGGCUGUCAAGACACGGCGAAUCAAUGUAUAACCUCGACGGACGGAUUGGGGGUGAUACGCUCCUCUCACCGCGUGGAGAGGCAUAUGCGAGGAAGCUGCCGGAGCUCGUGCGACAAUCAGUAGGCGAUGACCGACCGCUCACUGUCUGGACGUCCACAUUAAAACGCACCAUCGCCACGAGUCGUUUCCUCCCUUCGCAUUACAAUCAGUUGCAGUGGAAGGCGCUGGACGAGCUCGACUCUGGCGUUUGCGACGGCUUGACGUACCAGGAAAUCAAGGACCGGUAUCCCGAUGAUUUUGCCGCUCGCGACGAGGACAAGUACAACUAUCGCUACCGUGGCGGCGAGUCCUAUCGUGAUGUUGUCAUCCGUCUGGAACCCAUCAUCAUGGAGGUCGAACGCAGCGAAGACAUUCUGAUUGUCACGCACCAGGCUGUCCUGCGCUGCAUCUACGCCUACUUCAUGAAGAAGGAUCACACGAGAAGCCCUUGGAUGAACGUGCCCUUACAUACACUUAUCAAGCUAACUCCCAAGGCGUACGGCACUGUGGAGGAACGCUGGGAAGCGAACAUCCCGGCGGUAAGUACGUGGCGCGCUAAGGGCAGCACGGCCAAACACGAGAAUCCCACACCGGACAGCCUGUAGGCCGGGAAGACUGUGUCGGGUUCAGGGGCUGCUGAAGUGUAGGGGUGCAUUCAUCAAGAUUAGGCGGGCUGGCACAGGAGGACUGA